AUGGCCUCCUCCAUAGCUCCUCCGGACGAAAACUCCCCGGGUACUCCCCGACAGAUCCCCAAUAACAAGAUCCUACCGCACGUUGCAAAACUCUUCCAAGACCUAAAGGAAAGCGAUCCCACCAUCAAAAUCUCCAACAUAUCCGGAUUGUACCAAGAAUACGAACAAGGCCCCGAAUUACUCAUCGGCGAAGACUUUUCGGAUAAAAUACGUGCUAUAGUAGAUACGCUUAUCAAGAAAUAUAAUGAAGAAAUUAGAGCUGGACCUGAUGCGAUGAGUUAUGAAUUGGAUACGAAAUAUAAUCGGUCUUUGUUGUUAGAGGCUAUUCUUAUGGAAGCGACGAAGAAAGGGGAGAGGAUAUUUGUUUUUAGUAUCUUUCUUGCUGCGGCGGUUCCUACGGUGUUUAGAGAGGAAGGGUUGCGUGAUUUGGGAGAUGUUGUGACGGCGGUUGAGGGGUAUAUGCGUCGGGUGGGGGAGAGUUUGGAGGUUGUUUGGGAGAGUUUGAAUGGGUUGGCGGAUUCUUUGGUUAUGCAGAUGAUUGUUCCGGUUUAUAGAACGGCUGGUACUUAUACGCCUAAUAAUCUUUCGGCGUUUCAAGAUGGGGACGGGAGCCACUUGCCCGGAAUGACAAAUGUAGAAGUAUCGGAAUAUGCGGAGUUUGUUUUGGCGGUGCUCACUAGGGAUAAUUAUACGUGUGCGUUCACAGGCAUAUUUGAUACUGAAGCGGAAACAGGUACAACUUCUUCGGCUUAUAGAGCUGGACAUAUUAUCCCAUGGGGCCUGGGUUGGGAUUACUCCCGCUAUAGAGAAACGAGGAACCGACUCACUUGGAAUCUCCUGGACAUGUUCGACGCAAAUGACACCAGUCGUAUUUCUGAUUAUCUAUAUCCGAAACUUGACGAAAUCAGCAACGGCUUGACGUUGAGCAGGGAGGUACACCGCCGUUUUACAGGUUUGCAGAUGUGGCUCGAUUUCGACGAGGAGAAUGAGACAGAGUAUAUCUUCACGCCUGCAGGAGAGACCAGGGGAAUCUUCGGGCCUGGGUCAAUGCCCUUCGAAAAGAGAGUGGUUGUUAAAAAGGGUCAAGGUUUUCCGGACCGACGAUUGAUCGAUCUUCACGCAAGACUCUCGAGGGUUGCAUGGGUUUCCGGGGCUAUUAAUGUAGCCAAAGAGUUUACUGGAAAUGCGGCGACGACAUAUGUUGAUCAUGGACCCGAUCAUAAGAGUGUCCAUCCGAAGGCUUUGGAACUAAAGUUGUUAUCGAUCAAUGAGCCCGAGAACAAGGGCUUGUAG